AUGGGCGGAGGCCAGCGACUGUUUAUCGAUGCGUACAUUGACGCGGACUCAGCAGAGCCAGUUGAAUGUGCUUAUGAUGUGAGCGAACGAGUUGGGUUUGAUGCGGAUCAAGAGAGUGGCAACGACUCGGAGGCUGAAAUUCCGAUACAACCAUCAGCGGCUAUAGCUUGCUGUAUCCAGCUUGCAGAGUUUAUUGCCCACCAUUCCAAUUGCGACAAAGAGACACGAGCUUUAGCAAAAGUGGCGAAGUUUGUCAGGAACGAGUGUAUCCAGCGCAGGACUCAGACCACCAUAUCUUAG